UAAAACUCCGAGACAAAAAAUAAUAAAAAUAACAAAAAAAAAAUGCUAAAUCAAGUUACGAAAAUGGUAAUCUGGCCAUACUGGAGCUAAAAUCACGUAACUAGUUGUCAAAUUCGCUGAGCGCAAAGUAACGGGACCACGAUGGGCGCCAUCUCAUUAUUCUUUGCAUCAUGGUUAUCUAUGUUAUCUAUGCUUGUUUGGCCGCUUGAGUUGAUUGUAAAUUCGUUCUUUCGAUUGCCGCUGUUCUAUUUUUCAUUGAUUGUUGACUUAUUGGUUAAGUAUAAACGUUGUCUAAUUAGUAUUUAUCAAUAAAUAAGCGGCAAGGACGAACGCGUGUGAUUGUAUAUAUUUUACGGCUGGCUUGCUUUAUUUGGCGUAGAUAGAUAUUGCAUAUCUUCUUCGUGCCAUCUGCGUUUGCCGGGAAUAUUAAGUGAAGCGAUUACGAAAGGUAGCGGAUUUAGAUUUAGGUACGGUGGAUCAGUGCAGUAAACGUAAGUGCACGUGUGUGUGUAUAAGUAGCUGAAACUUUGUUCAAGAUGGCACAAAAGACUGAUGAUAAAACGUCUGACAUACCAGAGCGGCUGUAUGAUACAACCACAAGGUCCACCUACAAGCGUCUGAGAUUUUUUGGAAAAGGUGGCUUUGCAAAAUGCUACGAGAUUGUGGAUGUGGAGACCAACAAUGUAUACGCAGGCAAAAUCGUAUCCAAAAAAUUGAUGUUGAUACAUAAUCAAAAAGAAAAAAUGUCACAAGAAAUCACUAUACACAAAAGUCUGAAUCAUGAAAAUAUUGUUAAAUUUCAUAGUUUCUUUGAGGAUAGCUUCAAUAUUUACAUUGUGCUGGAGCUAUGCAAAAAGCGGGUAAGUUUUCUAUAUCUACAAACAAAAUUUCCGUCAUUUACGCGCUCCAAAAAAUUUUUUUGCUCAUAAUGUACUUGGAAACAUUUCGAAAUUAAGAGUUAAAAUACUAGUAACCAAAGUAACUAAAAAAAUGUCUAUCAACUUUUCAGGAUAUGAUACUCCUCAUCAUUGUUAGAUUCGACUAACGGCACAAUGAUGUGACAUUUCAAUUUUUUUGCUUGGAACUUUUUUAAAAAUAUAUUUCUGUAAUUAACACGUUUAAAAAAAAACAAAUAUCAUACAGUGCUGUGAAAAACAAGAGCAACAAAAAAGAGUAAGUG